CAAAUCCGCGCUGACGUCCAUCACCGUCACCGUCACGCCGCCACGCUAACCGAAAUACAUCCUUCCUCUCCUCGAGUCCAAUCCUGACAAAAUGUCUGCUGCACCAGCCCACACUCCUACUAUAACACACUCAGACUCGGCUGACCGGUGGUCAAAUGGCUACAAGGGUAAAUACACAAACAGGUCCUGGCUCCAGCUGCCCCAAGAAAUCAUAAGGCUCAUCGCAACACACUAUCUCCUCGAUGUCUCUGCCACCAACUACACCCCAAACACCUGGGACGCGCGCGAGCUCUGGCAUCCACGCAUCGUCUACACCGUCAUCCGCGACGCGCGCGAUCUCGAGCGCAUCAUGCUCGUCCACCCCAACUGGAGCGCUGCCCUCGAGACGCACCUAUUCUGGCAGCACGCGUGCUCCGUUCUCGACCCUCACGACGUCCUCGCCCAAUAUGCCAUCGUCAAACCCUCCCCACCACCCCCACACGCCGUCGGCAGCGCAGGAAAAGCCUCCACCCAAGCGCCCUACCGCAUAUCCCCCUACCAGCACUACCGCGGCAUGCUCAGCUGCAGCUGCGUCGUCUGCCGCAUCAACGCGCCCUUCUCCUCCCACGGCCUCGCAGCCGCCAAACGCGCACACACGACACCGCUCAUGGGCACCAUCCUGCUCUGCCGGGAGCACAAGAAGUCGUCCUUCUGCGGCCUCUGCCUCCGCGAGGCGCCGCUCAUCGAGUGCGACACCCAGUUCGACGCGCACGGCAACCCGCUGCUGAGCCACCACGCGCGCACGCAGUAUCCCUACGCGUACGGCCAGCCGAAUCCGACGGGCGCGGGCGCGGGGUACGUUCAGGAGCUCGUGUGCGUCACGGAGAACGAGGACGAGGAGACGUGGCCGGGGCUGGACGCCACAUGCCGCAAGUGCAGGACCGAGUGGCUCUGGCGACGCGUCGUCGGCAGCGCCGGGGACCGCGAAGCUGUCGCUGGCCCCAUUCACCGUUCUCAUUCCGGGCGACCGCCACCCCGGCUCGGAUCUGUAUCCGACGCUGCCCCCAAUGACGCGGCGUCGCUUCCGCUGCAGCCGCCGGUCAAGUUCGAUCCGAAGGACUGGGAGGCGAAGCACGUUGUGGAGUCGUUUAUCGAGCUCGGCGAGGGGGGUAUUAGCGAGGUGGUCACUAUUGCGCGGGACAAGGCGUGGCUCGGGAAGCACACGCGUAUCGCGGAGCUGAUGCAGCAGGCGCUCGCGGCUAACCGGUGGGCGAGCGCGGAGGAGGCUGGUACCGCGCAGACGUAUGCGACUGCAGUUCCUCUUCGGAGGGAGUCGACAAGCGGACGUGGACAGAAGCAGGGGCAGGGACAGGUGCUUCGGUCGGAGUCGGGGUCGGGGUCAGAGGCGACUGUGACGGUGACAGCGACGGCGGGGGCGAGGGGUGCGAGUGCGACUACUGCUGGGAGCACGGGCACUGAGAGGCGGACGCAGGUGAGCGGGGACUCGCCCGCUCCGGCGCCGCCGUCAUCUCCUUCUCCUGCUGCUGCUGUGGUCGAGGACCGAUCUGCGUCGCGAUUCUCAAAUCCGCUCGCGGGUGUCGCGGCGGAGUACGACGACAAGGUUACUAGCGCCGAUGAAAUCCUCGUCGAAGCGCAAGAGGAAGUAGAAGUGGAGUAUGAGGGGCAGGUGGAAGUGGAGCACGAAGAACCAGAGGAAGAGGAGGAAGAGGAGGAGGAAGAGGAAGAGGACGACCCGGAGAUGCUCUCGAUCACCGAAUACGGCGGUGUGCGCGAUCUCGCUGUUGCCGACUGGGCGCGUGCGCGGAUUCUGGACGGGCACUGGUGUAGUCCCGCCGACCAGUGGUACGGGUUCGCGAGCCCCGUCGGUGGCGGGGUGAGGGAUCCGGGAUUGGAUGGGGACGAAGCCGAUUCGACAGGCGGCGACGACGUCGGGGUACGCGGGGUGGGAGAUGGGGAAGGGGAGAGACGCGACGGGACUGGGACCGGGAGCAAUGAAGAGAAGAAGCGAAGGCAGAGGGAAGAAGAAGAAGCGCUUUUCCGCGCCGAAGAUCCCUCGGCGAAGUGGACACGUGCAGUGCAUCCGUGUCCGUGGACGCUAUCGAGGCCACCGUCGCCGUCGCCGUUCCUCUCGCCUGCGUCGUCCGCUGCUGCUGCCGCUGCUGGCAACUCGCCCGGCGCCGCUAAUAUGGUCGUGGACAGUGCUAACGGAGAAGAGCGAGAAGAGGCGCACCCGCGCCGCUCGACGCGCCUCGCACGUGCUCCGCCCUCGUUCUCACUAUGCGAAAACGCGUUCCGCGCGUACCAGAAGCAGCUCCGGCUCGUUCUCCUCCCUGCUAUGCGCAACCUCGUCCGGCGGUUCGUGAUGGAAGCCGCCUCUCCGACGUCGGCGUCGAGAGCGAGUGGGUCGGACCCUGCGGUGCGCGCGGCGAGGAUGGAGCUGGAGGAUGUGCUUGCGGAGCUGAGGACGCCGGGGGUGUGGUUUGAUGGGGUCGAUUGGGCGCAGGGGCCUGGGUGUGGGUCUGAUGAUGCGGGGAGCGCGCGUGGGUCGCCCGGUGGGGUUGGGCACGGACGGGAGCGUCAGGAUGAGGAAGCGGCCCCGAGGGAGAGGGAGAGGGAGAGGGAGGGAGGAAGUACGAGCGGCAGCGAGGGGCAGGGGUCGCACACGACGAGCCCGGUGCUGUCGACGACGACGCUGCAGACGACACCGUCGCCGCCGCCGGAGAAGAAUGUGAAGGACGACGAGGACGGCGGCAAGCGCGCGGGCGCGGGCGGUGAUGAUGAUGACAUGCACGAGGAUAAUUUUAGGGAUGGGGGCGAGAAGAUCAAGACCAAGGGCAAGGAGAAGACGGAGCAGCAGCAGCAGCCACCGCGUCCUCCGCAGGUGAAGAUCCCGAUUCCGAUCUCGCCGGUGCUCGAGUCGCCCAAGCCGCUGCCGUCGAUUCCGUAUGUGCCCAAGACGCUCGCGCGGUUCGCGCAGUAUAGUCUCGAGGCGUUCAAAAUCGUCUGGCGCGAGGCCUGCGCGCCGCUAUAUCACUGCCGGUGCUCGAUCUGCGAGCGGGCGGUCGUGAGUGCGAAUCGCGAUGCCGGUGUCAAUGUCAAUGUCGGAGGAAACGGUGCCCAGGCUCAGGGACAGGGGCAGAAGACCAUCGCACCUGCUGUGCCCCCGCCCCCGCCCCCGCCUACUUCGCUCCCCGCUCCGCCGCGGCCCCAAGGAUUGCAGUCUCUGCCCCGCCCCACGCGCUCGCCGUACGGCCGGUACAGGCGGCAGGAGGAGGAAGAGGGCGAGGACGAGCUGUAUGAGGAUGAGGAAGAGGAGGAAGGGGAAGAUGAAGACGGGGACGAUCUGGCGGCGAGCGAGUCGGAGCUCGCGCUGAGCACUGAGGCCGAGGGCGAUGCGGACUCGGGCGAUCGGGAGCUGAAUGAGUUUUUGAGGGAGGUGAAGGCGUAUGAGCAGGAGCAGGAGCAGGAGCAAGAGCAAGAACGCAAUGGGGAGGUUCCGUCGGCGCCGGUGUCGGUGGGGAUCACACCGCGCAAGCGGUCGUCCGAGGACGACUACGACUACGACUACGGGUACGCUGGUGCGCCGGAGGACGGGCGCGGGCAGGGAUACGCAAAGGGCCAGAGCGGUCACGAGCGGUCUGUGUCGUUGACGAAGCGGGCGAGAGUGGAGAGUCCGAGCGACGGCGAUGGCGAUGGCGACGGUGAUGUGCUCAGGCUACCGGGCAAGGAGCGCAAGCCUAAACCUGGAUCCUUCGUGGACGGCGUGUCGACGUCCUCGUCGCCGUCGCCUUCCCCGCCGGUGUCCCAUCCUCAGUCGACGAGGUCGGCGUCGCCACCUAGGCAGCGGAAGCGCUCGUCGGAGGAGCUGGAUGCGGCUGUUGCGGGCAGGGAGCAGGACGGGGGCGCGAUGGAGGCAGCGAGCAAGCGCGUGCGCGUGGACGGAGGCGGCGCAGAGGAGUAACUGUGGGCGCGGAUGGCUCGCGCACCGUGCUCCGCACGCUUGGGAGAGCUCAGUCGAUACUGAGCGCUGUAUAUGCGAGGAUUGGACGGUAUACCGCAAUAGAAAAUGCGGCUUUUGAGGUCGACAGUGACCACUCAUUCCCGGCAACGAGAAAAAGUAUUGAUUCGCACCCUGGAUUCUGCAUCAGUGUGCGCAAGCAUACGUAUAUUGUACCAGUCUAAAACCCGUUACAUUACUUGUAGAUUUCUUGCUCAAGCCCGAGUGUUUUGUAUUAUGCUUUUUUUUUGCUUCUUUGCAUUGAGUACUGUAUUAUAGAGUAUUGUCGUUUGAACGCGUC